AGGAUUAGGGUCUUGGCAUCUCGGCAGCAGGAGAUCGAAAAAGACACAAGGGGGCAAGACCUGGGACAGCUGGAACGCUCUUGGGCGAGAAAAGGGGACGAGGAAACUCAAACUGGGCUCUAAUCCUCACCUGGGAAGUGUCUGCCAUCUCAGGACUUCACCACAGGGCUUUACGGUCUGAGGAAGGGCUCAAGCAGCCAUGCCGCAAUGACAGGAAUGCCACCCCCCACCCUCCAGAGCAUAUCCGUUUAUGCCAGUGGCAUGCUUGCACAAUGAUGCCAAGUGAAGUGGGUGUAUAAUGGACGAUGCCUUAAACAACACAGUCCUAACCUUGCCAAUAUCGAGAAAAUGUUUCCCCUCAUGCAUUCAGAUCACAGCAGAGAGCCGAGGACACGGGUCCAGACCAUUAUGGGGGAGCUCACAGAUGGAGAAGCUCUGGUGGAGCUCGAUUUAGGAAAGAAGGUGAGCAUCCCUCAGGAUCUGAUGAUGGAGGAGCUCUCCCUGCCAAUCAACAAGGGCUCCAGGCUGUACCAGAAGAGGCAGAGGAGAGUGCAGAACUUUGUGCUGGAGCAUCCUUCGGGCUACAGAAUUAUCUCAAAUGUUUCUGGAGGAGGAGGAGGCUCACACGCUGAUUACGAUGGAGUUGGCAUGUCAGAAGGACAGUCUAUCCAUAAUGCUGAAGGGAAGGAGAACUACCAGGCUGGACUUCACGAAGCAGCCUCAGGAAAGGCAACACCUCCCAAAGUGCCAAAGAAAACAAACAAAGUCUUGCGGAUGAGCAAAGCCCUGAAUCCCAAUGCCAUCGCUCCAGGCUAUUCUGGACCUCUAAGUGGUGUACCACCAGAGAAGUUCAACAGGACAGCCAUCCCCAAAGGCUACCAGUCCCCCUGGCGGGAGUUCCUUAGCAGCGAGGACUACCAGAUAGACCAUGAGACCCGGUUGCCUGAACCUCCCAGAAAAGUGAAUAGUUUUGACGUCAGGAGCUUCAAUAGGUAA